GUUGUUGAUUAUAUUCCUCAGAGAUUUCGUUGGAUGCAAGAAUGGAGUGAACAUUUUUGCGAAGCAAUAAAUGAAAAAUAUAUGGAAUUGAAAAAUAUGUGUGAAGGAUGUAAUAAAAAUUAUAGAAAAUGUAUUGAUGAUUCGGACGGAACAAAAUGUAAUAAGUGCAAAAACCAAUGUAAAACAUUUAAAAUAUUUAUUGAACAUUGGAAAAAACAAUUUGAAAUUCAAAAUGAUAAAUACACAGAAUUAUAUAAAAAUAUCAAUUCAUCUACUACUACUCAAACGAAAAAUAUGAAUACUGAUAAAGAUAUACAGGAUUAUUUACAUAAAAUAAAAAUUACAUGUAAAGACCCUAAUUCUGCUGCACCUUAUCUUGAUAAAACUACGUAUUGCAAAUCAUUUAAAUUUAUUGAAGACUCUAAUUCAGGAACUAAUUCGUCAUACGCAUUCACAACAGUUCCACCUGAUUACAAAGAAGCAUGUAAAUGUAAAGUUCCUCAUCCAUUAGACAAUUGUCCUAAGGAUGAUAAAUCAAAAGAUGUAAUCAAACAGUUUGAAAAUAGUACAGAAUGUACAUUAAAUCUUUUUAAAAAUGAUUUGAAUGAAUGGAAUAAUUAUGAUGUGAUAAGUAAAACUACGGAAAAUGAUGGUGUAUUAGUUCCUCCUAGGAGAAGACAUUUAUGCAUAACUUACAUUACAUAUAACAUUUAUAAGAUGAAUGAUGAAAAUGAUUUUAAGAAGAAUUUACUUCAUUCUUCAUUCAGUCAAGGUAUACUAUUAGGAAAAAUAUAUAAAAAUUACACUGAUGAAGCAUAUGAUGCUAUGAGAUAUAGUUAUGCUGAUUUGGGAGAUAUAGUGAAAGGUACCGAUAUGAUGAGUAGUUCAAUUUUAAAUAAAUUGAAA